AUGGUUGGAAAGAGUCAGAGGAAUGGCGUGUCCAGAGUAGCGAAAUUAUGGCCGAAUGCCAGGAUUCCAUAUGCGAUCUCGCCACAUUACACGUCGCACGAACGUGCUUUACUCGCUCGAGCUGUCAAACAGUACCAUGAGAAGACGUGUAUUCGAUUUGUGCCCCGGUCAAGCGGCGAGCCUGACUACCUUUUCAUAGGCAAAGUGGAUGGUUGCUUUUCCGAGGUCGGUCGGACGUCCGGUGUACAGGUACUGUCACUGGACAAUGGCUGUAUGGAAUACGCAACGAUCAUCCACGAAAUGAUGCACGUCGUCGGUUUCUAUCACGAACAUGAGCGCUGGGAUCGUGAUAACUUUAUCGACAUUAUAUGGCAGAAUAUCGAUAGAGGUGCUCUUGAUCAAUUUGGCAAGGUGGACCUGAGUAAAACGUCGUAUUACGGGCAACCGUACGAUUACAAAUCCAUACUACACUACGACAGUUUGGCCUUCAGUAAGAAUGGUUUCCCAACGAUGUUACCGAAGCAGAAGUCAGCUACAAUCGGUAAUGCCAAAGACUUCAGCGAUGUGGAUUUAGCGAAGAUCAAUCGAAUGUAUAGUUGCCCGGCAGAGACAAAACAACAAACAGCUCCUUUUGCCAGAGCACAACACAGUCCAAUUUACCAGGCGAUCAACAAGUACGACGAUCGACCGAAACUACCGUCCCAAUACUAUGAUGGAAUGCAAAAUUCCUAUUCAAGCAACAAACCACAACGGUGUGAGGAUAAAAUCACCGUAUGCUGGUGGACGGCAGAUCGAUGUCGAGCUCCAGCCAUUUAUGCCAUGAUGACUUCGCUUUGUCCGAAAACAUGCGGAUUAUGCUCUGAAAGGUGCCCUUGUCUUUCACUCAACACUAAGAAAGGAGACGUUAUUGCUGCUCUUAGAAGGAAGUCGAUAUACAAUAAGAAAACAGAUGGUACAGAAAGUUUGAUACCAAUCAAUGCCGUAAAGGAAGUGGACGUAAGCAGUUGA